UCAACAACAUCGCAGCGCCAGUCUAUCCGAGGUGUGUAGUCUCUCGCUCCCCAUGGCUCUCAUCCAUGCAUCUCCUCAUGCAUUACAUUGAAACGUCUUCGUCCGACUACGGGUGUGUUUCACCGUCCUGUUUGUGGGGCUAAGCGGUCCUGGUCCGGAGGCCGUCCGAGUCGUGCAGUGCUGUGAAAACACCCCCACGGUCCGGUAAAUACGUUAUUACGGUAACAGGUAAUUACGGUAAAAGGUUAUUAGCGUAACUAGGUUGUUACGGUAGGGUGAUCCGGGACGGAGAUGGAGACCAGAGCUGUGAAGAACCCGUACCCCGACUAUGACGGACACCAGGCGUCCACGCAGUCUCUGUUCGACUCGCAGGGCAAGCUCACCCCAGAGUUCUCCCAGAGGAUCCGGGGUAAGGUGUGUCAGCUGUUGGAGGUGAUGGAGGACGGCCUGAAGUCCGCCAACCCCCGCGACUGCACCACCUACACCGGCUGGACAGGCAUCGCCCUGCUGUACCUCCACCUCCACGACGUGUUCGGCGACGCCUCCUUCCUGUCCAAGGCGCUGGACGCCGUGGGGCGGAGCCUGCACACGCUCACGCGCCGCCACGACGUCAGCUUCCUGUGCGGCGACGCCGGGCCUCUGGCCGUGGCGGCGGCCGUGUAUCACCGCAUGCAGAGACCGCACGAGACGGAGGAGUGCCUCAGCAGGCUGCUCCAGCUGCACCCCGGGGUGGUGGCGGGGGCCGGGGGGCUGCCAGACGAGCUGCUGUACGGCCGGGUGGGCUACCUCUACGCCCUGGUGUUCAUCAACCAGCAGCUGGGCCAGAACCACGUCCCCCUGCAGUACAUCCAGCAGAUCAGCGAGGCGGUCCUGGCGUCGGGGGAGAAUCUGUCCAGAAGCUUCCGCAUCCAGGAGCAGAGUCCGCUGAUGUACGCCUGGUACCAGGAGCAGUAUGUGGGCGCUGCCCACGGCCUGGCGGGCAUCUACUACUACCUCAUGCAGCCGGGCUUCGUGUUGGGGGAGGAGCGGCUCCACUCCCUGGUGCGGCCCAGCGUGGACUACGUGGCGCGGCUGCAGUCCCCGGGCGGGAACUACCCCCCCAGCCUGGGGGAGGACGGCCACCUGCUGGUCCACUGGUGCCACGGCGCCCCGGGCGUCGUCUACAUGCUGCUGCAGGCCUACAGGAUGUUCGGGGAGGGCCAGUACCUGUGUGACGCGGUGCGUUGUGGGGAGGUGGUGUGGCGCUGGGGUCUCCUGAAGAAGGGCUACGGUCUGUGCCACGGCACCGCCGGCAACGCCUACACCUUCCUGGCCCUGUACCGGCUGACCCUGGACCCCAAGCACCUGUACCGCGCCUGCAUGUUUGCCGACUGGUGUAUGAGGUACGGGGAGCACGGCUGCAGGACUCCUGACACUCCCUUCUCUCUGUUCGAAGGCAUGGCAGGCACCAUCUACUUCCUGGUUGACCUCCUGCAGCCAAUGAAAUCAAAGUUCCCGGCCUUCGAGGUGUGAGGCUCCGCCCUCUUGCGACCCCCCCCCCCUCCCCCUCGCCCACGCCACCACCUCCACCUCUCCGCGGGGAACAGCACUCGCUGCUUCAAGAGCCGCCGAGACACAGAGCAUCACUUCCUGUCGCACACACCAACACUUCCUGUUGCAUGCUGCCGCUACUUCCUGUGGUCACGGCGUCCGUCUGCCGUGUGUGUGUGUGCGUGCGUGCGUGUGUGUGUGUUGACGGACGGCACGCGUACGUGCGUGUGUGUGUCACAAGUCUUUGCUGGUGAGUGUCCGCCAGACAAGCGGCCAUCUUUGUUAUCAGUGAUUAUUCGAACCGAAAAAAAACGGUUUUGUCUUUUUCAGCACUUUUUUUUUUGCUUUCGGCCAAAUGUAUGUUUACGUUUUUUGCUAAUUUGGUCAUUUCGAUAUUUUCUCUGUACUUUGGGAGCGUUCUGAUGUGGAGGCGUCCCUCUCGGUGGAAGUGUUGUUUAUACGUCAUUUUAGAUGAAUCGGUGCCAUGCUUGUGUUUCCUGGCAUGCUGUGAACUCAGUGUGGGUUCGGGGACGACAGUAUGUGUGUUUUGUUGUGUUAGUUUUGUGUAAAUAUUGUGUUUCCCUUUUUCCUUUUUUUUCAUUAGCAACAUUGUAAGCUAUGUAAUACACUAACACUUAUUAUAUUAUGACAAUUAUGAAAACGCUUAAAAAUGUUAAACUUAACUUUCUGGACAAUAAAGAUCAUAAACGUA